UCAGUUCAGCAAUUCACCAUGCCAAAAACCAUUAGUUGUACAUCUAGACAAUUUGGUGGUUCUCAAAGAGUUAUUCUAAUGUUCAUUCGGUCUGAUACAUUUCCAAAGUGUUAUACAGAGUGGUAUGACCCAGUAACAAAUCUACGAGAGAAUGCACCAGGGAUAAAUGAUUGUCGUCGGUCGGCUGGUCUUGGUGUAAUAAGAGAUAAAUUUGUGUUUUCUGUGGGCGGUAUAUGUAAAUCUGUUUUUAUGCUUGAUGUAUCAUCAAAUGUAACGGAGUUCGUGAAAAGAUCGAUUUCACCGAGUGACUGUAAUGUGAGUGACAUAAUAAUAUGUGCACAAGUCACAAGCGCACUCCACUGUCUACUCCAGAGAAAAUACGUUUUUUUGUUUCGAGUAAGUAUAGUCUCACAUUCUCGCAGCGUCGACCAACUGAGCUAUAUGUUCUAG